AUUACCAGGUAAGAGAAAUCCCAGAAACGUUCUUGGGAACAGAGGAUUACCUGAGCUCAUUCAUGCAUCCACUUCUGGAAGAAACGCGUGCCGACUUAUGCACAAACAUGACAAGCUCACUGCGCCAUGCCCCGUCCUGUGAGGUCUUCGACGUGGUGGGUCCCACCAAAGAUGUCGACACUCGUCGUAAAAGGUUCUUCUCUGAAAGCCUCUCGUUGAGCAGAAUAAGUAGAGAGGAAGAUGGUUGCAGCUAUGUCAUUUGGUUCCGUCGAGAGAAGGAUGAUGGUGUUCAUAAGACUGAAGUGUGUUAUAAACCGCAGUCAGGGGAUUUAAUCGCCUUCUCCGAUGUGAGGCCCAGGCGAAUCGAGGAUCUGAACAGACCGAAGAUGCCUUUCCUCUUAGCUGUGGUCAGAGGCAUGCCCGAAGAUGAUGAGGACGACGAUGAAGAUGAUCAAGAUUUAGUUUAUUUCCCCGUAUUGUCAUCAAAGCCUAUAAACUUUGAAAGACGUUCUGAGGAGGAUGAGAAGAAGGAUCAGAUAAACAAGGAAGACAAACUUUUUGUUGUUUAUCUUACCAAUUUGACAACAAAUACUCGCAUAUGGAACUCUCUGAACAUGAACCCCACCUGUGCAAGCUUAGACAUAAUCAGAACGGUCCUGCGACAGAGUGUUCCUCCAAAUGAACGGGAGCGGGAUGAAGGAACUUGUGCAACUUGCACCCUUAAAGCAGCCGAUGAUGAUGAAGUUGAUAGUUUGCUGAAGGCUAAGACUGCCAUUCAGCCAUUUGGAUUGGAUCACUCCCAGGAAGAGGCUGUUUUGAGCUGCAUAAAAGCUAGGGAAUGCCAUUGUCAAAAAAGUGUGAAGCUGAUAUGGGGUCCACCGGGGACUGGGAAGACAAAGACCCUUGCGUCGUUGUUAUCUGUCCUCUACAACAUGAAGAGCAGGACAUUGACUUGUGCCCCAACAAACAUUGCAGUCAUAGGCGUUGCGAAGCUGCUGUUGGGUCUGGGGCGGGCUGGGUGGAAAUCUGGUUUGCGCCGAAUGAUUUGUCUUCUGGAAAAGCCAGAAGUGUCUUAUAAAAUUUACUUGGAAGAGGCUAAUAGGGUCAUUGAACGGCCCGUGGAGGAAAACAAGAAGAAAAGGGGGAAAGUGAGGUCCUCUAGAAAGGGGAAAAAUUUGAGGCCUCAUGACACGGAAAAGUUUAGGACUUUUGAGGAAUAUGUUUUGAAGACGUACAAGGCUUUGUCGGAGCUAUUAAAGUGUUGUGUGGAAUCCUUGUACACUCAUAUGCCUACAUCCUGCAUUUGUUUGGAAGAUGUCAAGAAAAUGACUUCUGCACUUGCCCUUUUUGAUUCUCUUGAAACAUUGUUGGAAAUUGCUGAUACCCAUGGAGGUCUUAAAGAUGGCCUAAAUGGGACUGGGUCUUCUUCCAUUGUUAAGUGGAAGAUGCAGUAUGAUUCAUUGCAGACUACGAAAUCGGAAUGUGUCUCUAUACUCGAAGAUCUUUUAAAAAACAUCAAUCUCCCGUACAGUCCGUUGGAUCUUGAUCGUCCCAUAAAGGAUCAAAUCCAAAGCUUUUGCCUGGAAAAGACAGUACUGAUAUUCUGCACUGCCUCAAGUUCAUCCAAAUUGCACACUGAGAGCAUGCCACCAAUUCAUCUUGUGUUGAUUGAUGAAGCUGCACAGCUUAAGGAAUGCGAGUCCACGAUCCCGUUGCAGCUUUCAGGCGCUCGCCAUGCUAUACUCAUUGGAGAUGAGAAACAGCUGCCAGCAAUGGUUCAGAGCAAGAUUUGCCAGAGAGCCGAGUUUGGGAGGAGCUUGUUUGAGAGGCUGGUUAAACUAGGGCGCACAAAGCACCUGCUUAACAUUCAAUAUAGAAUGCAUCCCUCUAUAAGUUUCUUUCCCAACAAGAAGUUUUACGAUAAGAAGGUGAUGAAUGGGCCAAAUGUCACAAAGGAAGGAUACGAAAAGCGGUUUCUCAAAGGAGAAAUGUUUGGACCCUUUUCAUUCAUUGACGUAACAGGAAGCGAAGGCCGUGACAACAGAUGUAGUAGCAAAAACACUGCAGAAGUAUUUGCAGUAGCUGAGAUUGUUUCGAUGCUCUACAGAGAGUUUCAAGCUUCAAAACAAAGAGUUCGCAUUGGGUGCAUUUCUCCCUACAAGGCUCAGGUUUUUGCCAUCCAACAAAAGCUUGGGAAGAAGUACAGCGCAGACGUUGACAGCCACUUCUCAGUGAAUGUGAGAUCUGUAGAUGGCUUUCAAGGCGGAGAAGAAGACGUUAUCAUCAUCUCCACAGUACGGUCUAAUGGUAGCGGAUCAGUGGGCUUCUUAUCUAACUUUCAGCGCACUAAUGUGGCUCUCACUCGAGCAAGAUAUUGCCUUUGGGUAUUGGGCAACGGUGCGACAUUGAUCAAUAGUGGUUCUGUUUGGAGAGAUCUGGUGGUGGACUCUCAAGCCAGGGGGUGCUACUAUGAUGUCUGUGGGGACAAGAACUUGGCAAAAGCAAUUGCAGAUGCUUCCUCUAAAGAUUUAUCAAGCAAGUUUUCAUCAAUGAAACUAAACCAGAGCAACACGCAUGGAAGAACAAGGAUUGGUUUUCUAGAAAGCAUUGAGGCUGCUAGAGACUGUUUUGAUGAUGAUGGUGCUUUGAAGAACAAGUUGAAUUUGAAGAAUGAAGUCUUGCUGAAGCUGCUCACUGUAACUUGAAGAAUAUCAUCUCUUUCUGAAUGAAUAGAGGACAACUUA